ACCGCUCCUUUCGAUAUCCCUCACUUAUUUUAUUUUUGGGCUCUCAUAAUAAACAAAUCAGGAAAAAAACCUCACCGAAGCUGAAGACGAAACAUCACCAAAUCUUCAUCGUCUGGUCUUUGUCUCCAUCUAAAAAAUUAUUUAUACACUUCUCUCUACAUAACAAAGGUGAUUCAACGUUCCAGCUGUACCAUUCUGUAAUUUUAAAACUUUUCAAAUUCAGAAUGAUCAUCAUCACACUACCUCGCUGAUCCGAAACCCGUAAUUUACGAUUUCUUCUUCAUAAGAAUUUUUUUUUUAUUAGGAGACGAAGAUGAUGAUGAGUAGCACCAGCAGCAGCAACAACAGUAGCAGUAGUACUAGUAGUAGUAGUAGUUAUACAAGAGGCCGAACAAAUCACUCAUCUGCAAAUACGAAAAUUGGGAAGAAAUUGAAAGGUGGUGAAAAUAGUGUUGUAAACCGAAAGGCUUUAAAUCAAGAGAAGAUAAUUGCUCUGCAACAAGAUGUUGAAAAGCUGAGGAAGAAGCUGAGACUUGAAGAGAACAUUCACCGAGCAAUGGAAAGAGCAUUUAACAGACCUCUUGGAGCACUUCCUCGUCUUCCUCCGUUUCUACCUCCACCGGUCUUGGAGUUACUUGCAGAAGUGGCUGUACUCGAAGAGGAAAUGGUUCGGUUAGAAGAACAUAUUGUGCAUUGUAGACAAGAAUUGUAUCAAGAAGGAGCUUCUACAUCUUCACUGAUAGCAAACUUAAAAUGCUCGGCUGAUUUGCCUAAGCAUUGGCAGAACAAAUCCAAGUCAGCUUCCAGUAAUGCUACUCUUUCGCGGGAACCGUGUUCUGUUUCAGAGAGGCGUAGGGGUAAAGAGAACAAGUUGAGUGCUAAUUCUAUCAAAACACCGGUGAAGAUUAUGUCAGCUGCUUAUACACAAUUGAAUAAGAGUUUAGAUGCUCAGAAACUAGAGCAUGAAAGUCAUAGGCAUAGCAAAACAAGUGCAGAGACGAGGUAUUAUGGUGGCGCUGACGAUCCAAAUAAAAUUUCGGAGGAUCUUGUUAAGUGUUUGUCCAACAUUUUCAUGAGAAUGGUAAAGAAAGCCGCAGCUGUUACAAAAUCUCAAGAAAACAAUAAAGAUACUACAUUCAGGGAUCCUUAUGGAACUUGCACCAGCUUUAAAAGAAGAGAUAUUGGUCCAUAUAAGUAUUUUAAUGAUGUUGAGGCAGCUUCAGUAAAACGAAAUAGAAUAACGUCGUCAAGUUCCUCUUUGUUUCUUAUCCGCCAACUGAAACGUUUGCUUGGAAGACUUUCUUCAGUCAACUUGCAGAAACUUAAUCAUCAGCAGGAGAAGUUAGCUUUCUGGAUUAACGUUUAUAACAGCUGCAUGAUGAAUGGUUUCCUUGAACAUGGAAUACCAGAGAGCCCUGAUAUGGUGGCACUAAUGCGAAAGGCGACUAUAAAUGUGGGAGGCCACUCUCUCAACGCAUUCACGAUCGAACACUUCAUCCUACGCUUACCUUACCACUCAAAAUAUAUUUCCCCUAAGAGUUCAAAGAAAAAUGAAAUGGCAGCGAGGAGUAAAUUUGGAUUGGAAUUGUCAGAGCCACUUGUAACAUUUGCUCUCUCAUGUGGUAGUUGGUCCUCACCCGCUGUACGGGUGUACACUGCUGGUAAAGUAGAGGAUGAAUUAGAGGUGGCGAAAAGAGAGUAUUUGGAAGCAUCGGUGGGGAUAUCCGUGGCGAAAAUGGGGAUACCAAAACUGAUGGAUUGGUAUAGUCACGACUUUGCAAAGGACACUGGAUCAUUGCUUGAUUGGAUUUGCCUUCAGUUGCCUACUGAGUUGAGAAAAGAUGCUCUCAACUGUCUUCAGCAAGGGAUUUCUCAGCCCCCUUCUACUCUUGUCCAUAUUGUCUCUUAUGACUUCACUUUUAGAUACCUUUUUGCCAUCUGAAAAUAUUUAUUUCUUAAGGGGGUGUUUUCUCUCUUUAAGUAGUCUUUAGAUUCUUGUUUACGUCAACAGAAAAUGUACAUCAUUAUAGUGUUCGGUUCAACAAAUAAGGAGAAAUAGAAAUUAUAGUGUUCGGUUUAGUUUUGUGCUCGUUUCCAACCCACAUCAUUUGUAAGCUAGUUAGAUAGAUGGCAAGAAAUGAAAAAGUAAUUAAGUAAAUGGAAAUUGUAUGAGUUGUUAUU